UUUCAAAAGCUUUUUAUUCUCUGCUCUCCCUGCCCAUUUUCCUUUCUCCAAUACCCCAAACAUAACAUAUUCUUUCCCUUCUGAAUUUCUUCUUCUUCUUUGCACUUGUAAUCCUUCCUGUGUUGUUGUUUCAAAGAUGAUCACGUUAACAGACUUCUACCAUGUCAUGACUGCAAUGGUGCCACUCUACGUGGCCAUGAUUUUAGCUUACGGCUCCGUCAAGUGGUGGAAGAUCUUCACUCCCGAUCAGUGCUCCGGCAUCAACCGCUUCGUGGCUCUCUUUGCGGUGCCGCUUCUCUCUUUUCACUUCAUAGCGCAAAACAAUCCUUAUGCUAUGAACUUUCGUUUCAUAGCAGCUGAUAGCCUGCAGAAAGUUAUAGUUCUCGUGGUGUUAGCGGUUUGGACCAAGGUGAGCAAAAGAGGCUGCUUGGAAUGGACAAUCACACUCUUUUCACUCUCCACGCUCCCCAAUACUUUGGUUAUGGGUAUCCCUUUGCUUAAAGGCAUGUACGGUGAUUUCUCGGGCAGCUUGAUGGUGCAAAUCGUCGUCCUUCAAUGCAUUAUUUGGUACACACUGAUGCUUUUCAUGUUUGAAUACCGAGCUGCCAAAAUGCUCAUCUCCGAGCAAUUCCCGGACACUGCGGGUUCCAUUGUUUCGAUCCAUGUCGACUCCGAUAUCAUGUCGCUCGAUGGUCGACAGCCUAUUGAAACCGAAGCUGAGAUCAAAGAAGAUGGUAAGCUCCAUGUUACUGUCCGAAGAUCGAAUGCUUCAAGGUCUGACAUUUUCUCGAGGAGGUCUCAAGGGUUGUCUUCUACGACGCCACGACCUUCCAAUCUAACCAAUGCCGAGAUUUACUCCCUGCAAUCAUCGAGGAACCCCACGCCCAGAGGCUCGAGCUUUAACCACACCGAUUUCUACUCCAUGAUGGCCGGUGGACGCAAUUCGAAUUUCGGUUCUACCGACGUUUAUGGCUUGUCUGCUUCCCGUGGACCGACCCCCAGGCCGUCGAAUUUUGAGGAAGACGGUGCGGCCACCGGUAAGCCGAGGUUACAUUACAACGGACCCGGUGGGGCAACGGCUCAUUACCCUGCUCCUAAUCCGGGUAUGUUCUCGCCCACCGGCUCUAAAGGUGCUAAUGGUAAUGCUAAAAAGCUUAACGGUCAAGGUCAGCAAAAGCACGAAGAAGGUGGUAAAGAUCUUCAUAUGUUUGUUUGGAGCUCAAGUGCUUCCCCAGUAUCCGAUGUCUUUGGUGGCCAUGAAUAUGGUGCCGCAACGGACAAUAAAGAAGUUAGGGUAGCUGUCUCUCCAGGCAAAGUUGAAGGGCGUAGAGAGAAUGAGGAGGAGUUGAUGGAGAGAGAUGACUUCAGUUUUGGGAACAGAAGAGAAAUGAACAAUGUCCAGGGAGGUGACAAAGCCGGAGAUGGCAUUAGUAAACCCAUAACCAUGCCUCCCACAAGUGUAAUGACAAGGCUUAUACUGAUCAUGGUUUGGAGAAAGCUUAUUAGAAAUCCCAACACUUACUCCAGUUUAAUAGGCCUCACUUGGUCCUUGAUCUCAUUCAGGUGGGAUGUACAAAUGCCUGCAAUCAUAGCAAAGUCCAUUUCCAUACUGUCAGAUGCAGGCCUCGGCAUGGCAAUGUUCAGUCUCGGUCUGUUCAUGGCAUUGCAACCGAGGAUCAUAGCAUGUGGGAACUCCGUCGCAGCUUUUGCAAUGGCUGUUAGAUUCCUUACAGGUCCAGCUGUCAUGGCAGCCGCUUCCAUCGCUGUUGGUCUCCGUGGCGUUCUCCUACACGUUGCCAUUGUCCAGGCAGCUCUCCCACAAGGCAUUGUCCCCUUCGUCUUCGCCAAGGAAUACAGCGUGCAUCCUGAUAUUCUCAGCACAGCUGUUAUAUUCGGGAUGCUAAUAGCGCUGCCCAUAACGCUGGUGUACUACAUUUUAUUGGGGAUAUAAAGUGGCUUUUUUAACUUGUGAACAACUCGCUGCAUCACCUCAGACUAAAAGGCCCUUUUUGUAGGGUAAGUGAUGCGAAGAAAUGUAAACCCUUCAUUGAAAUUCAAAGGGACAAAGCAGAAUGGAGGGGUGGCGAGCUAAGACAUCAGUGGUUUAAUCUCACUUAUGCAGAUGUUUUGUUUUUCCUAGUAAGAUUUGUAAAAUCUUAUUUGUAGUCAAUUUCAUAAGGAAACGAAUGUUCUUCCCCCCUCCCCCUUUUUUGUUGGUUAAUUAUAAAAGCAGAAUCGAGGGGUGGCUAGCCUAGCUAGGCAUCAGUGCUUGUCAUUU